AUGCCUGCCCUACUGCAACGAGUACCAUCUGCGCGAGUCAGAUGUCCUCUGGACCUGGGCUCUUGCUCUAGAGCACGGCCAUCAUACCAUCGCAGCUAUGCAACCCUGCAGCAGUCUCAGGCGGCGCCGUUGCGGCGACGAGCUGCCGUUCCCCCUUACCAGAAAAUCUUGAAGACCUUUGAAGAUGUCAGAGAUAUUCUGGGCCGCCAGAGGCUGACCCUAGCCGAGAAAAUCCUGUAUUCUCACCUCGACAACCCCUCCGAGUCUCUCUUAACUGGUACCGACAAUGGCAAGAACAUUCGGGGCAAAGCCAACCUCAAGCUCAAGCCUGACCGUGUCGCCAUGCAGGAUGCGUCUGCACAGAUGGCCAUCCUCCAGUUUAUGACGUGCAACCUCCCCAGUACUGCUGUGCCUGCGAGUAUCCAUUGCGACCAUAUGAUUGUGGGAGAGAAAGGUGCAGACGUGGAUCUGCCGAAUUCCAUUGCGGGCAACAAGGAGGUGUUUGACUUUUUGGAAUCUGCUGCAAAGAGAUACGGGAUUGAGUUCUGGCCUCCUGGGGCAGGUAUUAUACAUCAAUCGGUGUUGGAAAACUACGCUGCUCCUGGCCUGAUGAUGCUGGGGACGGACAGUCACACACCUAAUGCUGGAGGAUUGGGUGCCAUUGCAAUCGGUGUAGGCGGCGCCGAUGCCGUCGAUGCGCUUGUUGACGCCCCUUGGGAGCUCAAAGCCCCAAAGAUUCUGGGAGUUCGUCUAGAAGGAAAGCUCAGCGGCUGGACUACACCAAAAGACGUGAUCCUCCAUUUAGCGGGCAAGUUGACCGUUCGUGGAGGGACCGGGUCCAUCAUCGAAUACUAUGGGCCUGGUGUUGAGACUCUGAGUUGCACGGGCAUGGCCACAAUUUGCAACAUGGGGGCGGAAGUGGGGGCUACGACGUCGAUUUUCCCCUUCACCGAGAAUCAUAUUCCCUAUUUGCAAGCUACAGGGCGAGACGCCAUUGUCGAUGCGGUCAAGGGCAUCGCAUAUGGUUCGGAAAAACACAACUUCCUACGAGCCGACCAGGGCGUGGAGUACGAUCAGGGAAUCACCAUCAAUCUAGCCACACUCGAGCCGCACAUCAACGGCCCUUUCACACCUGAUCUGUCCACGCCCCUCUCAAAGUUCAAAGAUGCAGUGAAGACGAACAAGUGGCCGGACAGUUUUUCGGCUGGCUUGAUCGGCAGUUGCACGAACAGCUCGUACGAGGACAUGACCCGUGCUCAGGAUUUGGUCAGACAGGCACAGGCUGCCGGCUUGAAACCCAAGGCAGAUUUCUUCAUCACGCCCGGAAGUGAACAGGUUCGCGCCACCUUGGAGGAAAGUAAGACGCUCGAAACCUUCACAAACGCUGGAGGCACCGUUUUGGCCAACGCCUGCGGGCCGUGCAUUGGACAAUGGAAGAGAACCGACGGUGUCAAGAAAGGUGAAGACAACGCCAUCAUUUGCUCCUACAACCGCAACUUCCCUGGCCGGAAUGAUGGUAAUCCUCGUACCAUGAGCUUCCUUGCGUCGCCGGAAAUUGUCACCGCGAUUUCAUACUCUGGGUCGACUUCUUUCAAUCCCAUAGUCGAUGAAAUUGCCCUGCCCUCUGGGGAAAAGUUCAAGUUCGAGCCUCCGAAGGGUGCACAGCUGCCGGGGUCGGGCUUUGCUAUAGGCAAUCCUGCAUUCUUGCCUUCCCCUGCUGAGCCAGACCAAAGCGUGGAAGUCGUUGUCGACCCUGACUCUGAUCGACUGGCUAUCUUGGAGCCGUUCGAGCCAUUCCCAGAAGGCGAGCUGAAGGGCCUGAAAGUCCUGUACAAGGUCAAGGGUCAGUGUACCACGGAUACCAUCUCAGCGGCUGGACCGUGGCUCAAGUACAAGGGACACCUUCCCAACAUUGCUGAAAACACUCUCAUUGGUGCUGUGAACGCAGCGACUGGCGAGACCAAUGUUGCAUACGACAGUGACGGGUCCACAUCGUCUAUUCCAGAACUCGCAAAGAAAUGGAAGGCAAAGGGACAACAUUGGCUGGUCGUGGCCGAAGACAAUUAUGGUGAGGGAUCCGCCAGAGAGCAUGCGGCCCUGCAGCCCCGGUAUCUCGGAGGCCAGAUCAUUCUGGCCAAAAGCUUCGCGCGGAUCCACGAAACGAACCUCAAGAAACAAGGAGUAGUACCCUUGACAUUUGUCAACAAAGAGGACUACGAUCGCAUCGAUGCCUGCGACCACGUCGACACAGAGGGCCUAUGGGAUGUUCUGAAGAACGAUGGUCAAGGCGAAAUCAACUUGAAGGUCACGAAGAAGAACGGAGAGACCUUCACGAUCCCCGUCAACCAUACCCUGAGCAAGGAUCAAUGUGGCUUCAUUCUUGCCGGAUCUGCACUGAACCUGCUUGCGAAGCGGCAGAAUCUUGAUUGA